UUUAAUUGGGCUUGCUUGUUUGCAACUAGACCCAGGAGGAGCAAACGUUAUGGGCUGUAGAGUCUGAAACGCAGCCAUAGGUAGGGAGUUGAGUUGAGAGUCACAUUGUGUCAUGUGUAGCAUUUACCUCUAACAUAAUCGGUUUGAAGAAGUGCUGAUCGUUUUGGGAGGCGUUUUAACAAUGGCGCAGUCUGUGUCGGCUCUCCUCCCCUCGAUCCGCCGCUAAUCCAAUGACUGUUUGCGCCAGGAAGAGCAGGGGUGGGAGCGGAACACCCUGAACCACGUUUCUCCUGGACCCCAACUUGGAAGCUAGCAUUUCCUCCUCCCAGGGCUAUUUAUGGCAGAGUUUCCCUGCUCAGGUGGUUGCCUUAGUGAUGGAUGGGGAUUCGGAACCUAACCCUGUUGUGGUGGAAGAGAGAGGGGAGAGGGUGGAGCCCAUGGAUGCCACUCCUCCCCACCAGCAACAAACCUCACCCCCCAGCCAAGAGUCUGGGGAGGCAGUUUCCAUGGUAACGGGAGAUGAAGCCACAAAGCAGCAUGGUGCAGAGGACAAUGAUGAUGAUGAUGUGGUUCUUGUAGAGGAGGAGGAGGCUCCUCAGUCCGCUACCAUAAGCCCCCCCCAAGACACGCCCAGCACCGAGGGCUCAGAGCAAACUGUUGCAACAGUGGACACAACAGUGAGUCCUCCCAAGACCCCCGCUUCUCCUCUGUCUUCCAGCGGUUCCACGGUAGCAGCAUCUCAGAAGCUUGCACCUGCAGCUCCAGAGCCUAUCGUUAUUGAUGACGAGGAGGACUCGGAACAGAAAGAACCCACUUCCUCUUCACCUGAGCCCCCAGGAGAAUCCUCUACAUCCCACUCAUCUGGGGCACUCGAAAGCACUGAGCUGGAAUCAGAGCUCAGGAUCACCAGUGUCACCACACUGGGCCCCACCAGUCAGAAGACCUCCACGCUUUCUGCAGGAAACACCCCCCCGCAUCCGGUGGACGAGCAGGCAGACAUGAACCUGAUGAUAACUUCUGUGACAUCACUGCAGGGAGAAUCUGCAAUCACAUUAGAGGCAGGUGAAGACCACACAGAGGAAAACGGUCUGCAGAUCAGUAGUGCCUUCAGCCUGAAUCCUGACACGCCAUCUGCUCGACCAACCGCCUCCUUUAACCCGGGUCGGGGCUCGGGUUCCAUCGGCCAGCUGGUUCAGAACGGAGACCCAGGAACACAUAAUAGAGCAGAUUCGUGGAUUUCUCAGUCAGCCUCGGUUCCCCGCAACCAAAAGCAGACGGGGGCGGACUCUCCCUCGCUUCCUAAGCCUGCAGGCCAGUCUUCCUCCUCUACAUCCUCCUCAGGCGUCCAGACACAACCCAGGACAGUGAAGGUGACCUGUGCUAACUGUAAAAAGCCUCUAAAAAAAGGUCAAACGGCCUAUCAGAGAAAAGGCUCCGCCCAUCUGUUCUGCUCUACAACCUGUCUCUCCGCCUUCUCACACAAACCUGCCCCCAAGAAGAGCUGCACCAUGUGCAAAAAGGACAUCACCAACAUUAAGGGUACCAUUGUGGCCCAGGUGGACUCUAGUGAAUCCUUUCAGGAGUUUUGCACCACCGGUUGUUUAGGUGCAUACGAGAACAAGCAAAACCCUCCAAAAUCAGGCCUGAAAACCAAAUGCACCGUCUGCGGCAAGCUCACAGAGAUCCGUCAUGAGGUCAGCUUUAAGACUGUGACCCAUAAGAUCUGCAGCGACGUGUGCUUUAACGUCUACCGCAGGGCCAACGGGCUGAUCAUGAACUGCUGUGAGCAAUGUGGUGACUACCUGCCCAGCCGAGCGUCGGCCAACCUUUUCCUGUUGGUUGAUGGCCAACAGAAACGCUUCUGUUGCCAGAACUGCAUCAGGGAUUUCAAACAGGCCAACAGUAAACUCGCUACCUGCCAGACUUGCAAAACACUAAUCAAGACUGGUGAAGUUCUGCACAGCCUGGGAGCCAGCGGCACCAUGAGCUCCUUCUGCUCUGUUAACUGCAUGCACAAGAGCAAGCUGACAUCAACGCCUUUCAUCAACAAAGAACCCACGUGCCACUUCUGUAAGAGGAGUUCCUUACCGCAGUACCAGGCCACGCUGCCAGAGGGGAACGUCCUAAACUUCUGCAGCUCACAGUGUGUUACCAAGUUCCAGAAUACUACUUUUCCAACAACCACCAAUGGCCAGAUGCCGCUGUCCACCACAGACGGCUCCGUCCAGCUGAAGUGUAAUUACUGUAGAGGGACUUUCAGUUUGAAGCCUGAAAUCCUGGAGUGGGAGGACAAGGUGUACCAGUUCUGCAGUAAGACCUGCUGUGAGGACUAUAAGAAGCUCCACUGCAUUGUGACGUUUUGUGAGAACUGCCAAGAGGAGAAGACGCUUCAUGAGAUGGUUCAGUUCUCUGGUGUCAAGAGGCCGUUCUGCAGUGAAGGCUGUAAGCUGCUGUUUAAGGAGGAUUUUAUCCAACGUCUCGGCCUCAAGUGUGUGAGCUGUAACCACUGCAGCCAGCUGUGUAAGAGAAGCUUGACCCGGCAGCUUGGCGGCAUGACACGGGACUUCUGCAGCGAGACCUGCGCCAAGAAGUUCCACGACUGGUACUACAAGGCAGCGAGAUGUGACUGCUGCAAGGUGCAGGGGUCUCUGACGGAGUCGGUGAUGUGGAGAUCAGAGAUGAAACACUUCUGUGAUCAGGAGUGUCUGCUGAGGUUCUACUGCCAGCAGAACGAGCCCAUCAUGGUCACGCAGAAAGGGCCGGAGAACUCCUGUCUGGGGACAGAUGCACAAAAUACCAAACUUGGGCAGGAGAACCAGAGUGCUGUGGCGUACUCUGGUGGCGGUUUGGUGAGAGACGUGAAGAACAAGGCGGUCCUCUGCAAGCCGCUCACCCUGACCAAAGCCACCUACUGCAAGCCUCAUAUGCAGAGCAAACACCUGCAGACGGAUGUAGAUGACGGCGUUAAACGGGAGUACAUUCCUGUCCCCAUACCUGUUCCCGUCUUCAUCCCCGUGCCUAUGAAUAUGUAUUCCCAGGUCACUCCCACUCCUGUCUCUCUGCCGGUUCCAGUUCCCGUGCCUGUGUUUCUGCCCACCACCCUACAGGGGGCAGAAGAGAUCGUUCAGACCAUCAGAGACAUGAGAAAAGAGGAGCCCACCACACCCAUGAAGGCUGAGCUCUCUGUAGCUGAGACCAUCACAGAUGAUGAUGAUGAUGAGAAGCCAGAUGUGAAGCUGGAGAAGGUGAAGGGAGAACGUUUAGAAGAGGAGGCCUCCUGCAGCAGCUCUGAGGAAGCGAAGGAGCAGGAGCAGCAGCAGGAGGAGGAGGAGGAGGAGGAGGAGGAGUACGACCCCAGCCUGGACCUGGAGGCUGACUUUCCUCAAGCCUCAGACCCCGUCCCUGAGCUGGAGGGAAUGGAUGAGGACAUGGGCUUCUCUCUGCCUCUGGUUCUGGCCGAGGAGAAGGAGGAGCUGGAGGAGUCGACCCCUCGACCUCAGUCCAGGAGACUUGGAAAUAAGCGACAAGCUGUGGAGGAUGUGGCUUCCUCCACGUCUUCUCGUUCAAGCAGCAAAUCUUCAGAGAGACGAUCGCUGCCACUCAAAGCUCGCUAUGGCGUCAAUGCUUGGAGACGCUGGGCGCUGUGUCUUUCUGACCGAUCAGAGGACACUAAAGUUAAGGACGACUCCAAACCAAGUAAGCUGAAUGUUGUCGUGUGUAUUGCCUGUACUGGAAUGGAGAAUGAAAAUAAAGGUCUGCUUCUGUUUCCAUCUUUUUCAGUCCGGCCUAAAAGUAGCCUGCUGUCAUUGAACUCAGAUGAGCUGAACGUGGCUCUGUCUCGGUUUGUUAAGGAGGUCUGCCGACCCAACGGGGAGCGCUACUCGCCAGACAGCAUCCUCUACCUCUGCUUGGGGAUCCAGCAGCAUCUUCAUGCUAAAGGCCGGAAGGAUGACCUGUUCGGUGACUCCUGUUAUCAGCAGUUUGGAGAAGAGCUGAACAAAGUGCUGAAGGACUGGCAGCCCAGUGUUCUACCUGAUGGCUCACUGUGGGGUCGAGUGGAGGAGCAUAGUCUGUGGAGCAGUCGGCAUGUCGGGGAGCAGAGUCCUGCCGCUCUGCUGCGCUCUCUGGUUUACCUCAACACCAAAUACUUUGGCCUGCGCACCGUGGAGCAGCACCUGCGCCUCUCCUUCGCCAACGUUUAUGGCCCUGACACCAUCCAUCCUGUUACCAAGGAGACCACCGUCCGCAUCAGAGUGCCCUCCAUCUCUCAGGAUCACCCCGUGCAAACAGAAUCCAGGAAGAGGAAGCGCACACUGACGGAUGAUGAGCAGGAAGAAGACGAGAGCUCGGGAGGCCCGGCCGUUCGCUGUCCAGUAAAGAAGAAUGAAUGUCGGCUCUAUGAGCUCUAUAGAUCCAAGUGUCCGACGUUGUUGUGGGAACGCCUCGACGUUUUCUACGUUCAGCCGGAUCCAGCCUGCAGCACCAGUGACGCCCUGUGGUUCAGCUCCACGCAGCUGGAGCGAUCAGUCCUGGAGAGCCUCCUCACUAGGGUUCUCCUGGUCAGGGACAUUUACACGGACAGGAGACACCUGGAGGAUGAAGAUGAAGAGGAUGGAUGUGAGGAAGUGGAAGGGGAGUAGCGUCUGAUUGGACUGGGGUUAGCACCUAAAGGAAACCUUGUAGGAUGUGUUAGUGUGUGUUCCUGUCCUCAUCCUUCACAUUCUCCGGUGACUUGCUGUUUCCUCCUGGUGAGGGAUGUCCACAACAAGUAGAGGUGAUGAAGUGGUGAGGAGCUGCUCAAAUGAAAAAGAAGGCAGAGGACAAAAACCUUUGAUUUCUAAAAGGACAAGCAGGUCCAUGGACUGAGAUCACGAGAGGAGAUGGAGGGAUGAACUGUCUUCUCCUCGUCGAGCUAAAUUCAGGUUAAGGACCGUCUUAUCAGGUUAUCGUUUUGUUGUGAGAUGCUGCAGCGUGUUUAGAGUUCUCUGAUGAAGCAAAUCAGAUGGUUCACAUUCUCAGUCAGGACAAUGGUUAUGUUUUUACUAGAAGCACUAAUAAAAACCUGUUAAAUGCAGCCGGUGGUUCAGUUUUUAAUGAAGCAGGACUGUGGCUGAUGACCUGUUGGUUCUCCGUUGAUGACGAGCAUCAGAGGCAUAAUGCUGAUGUUUUGGGUCAGAAACGCAUCACUUCUGUUUCAUUUGCUGUUAUGGAUUCAGCCUCAAGCUGGUGGGAUACACCGGCUAGAACCGCUCUACUCCACAGACGAGAACGUCUGAUCCGGAUCUUCAGAUACCCAUGUGUGUCUAAUCUUUAAUCGGGAUGUCUCUGCACAAGUUCAUGUCUUAAGAGCCGCUGAAGUCUUCAACAGAUUUUAUCAUCGCAACAAAUAACCAGGCUGAUAAAAUACACAGAAGCAGUCUGUUACUGAUGACAGUCUCUGUGGUCAUCCUGGAUGUUCAGAGCGUUAACGAAGGACAGAUUAGAUUAGAUCCACCAUCUAAACCAGAAUUUAAACUAGAAACAAUAUUUUAGAUUAGCCAGAAUAAAGUUAGUUUGUUCUUGUUUUUAGGGCACUUGUACUGGAAAUUGUGAAAAGGUGCACCAAGUGUACUUUUACUGGAGGUUAGUACCCGGUUGUCUCUGAACUGGGCUGCUUUAACCCCACCGUUCACCCGAUCUUCCUCAAUCAGCACUGCUCUCAGGCUAAAAACGCAGGACAGGAGACCUACAGAUAUGCUGCGUUUACUUUUAGAACAUUAAAGUCCCCUUCAUUCCUACGAUGUAGCAUUACCUGCAUAGGCGCCCAGGCAGGGUUGAUCCUGCUGUGUAAAUAUCUGGUAGUCGCCGUGUGCGAUCCUGUAGUUUGGGGCAAAGAGGGCGUCACCGUGCUGGAUUAGAAGCCUUUAAGGUGCUCGUUUUGGGUUUUAUUGUGUUCUUUUGUAUGUUAAGGUAGUAUGGCGGACAUUUCUUCUCACCAAUAACUGCUGCUGUCCUAAAACUCAACGAGGACUUUGGUUUUCACAUCCUAGCACUUCGAGUUUUCCCCUUACCUUUUUAGGGACAGCUUCAGAGUCAUUCAGACACCUGAGUGUCUUUAAAGUUAUUUUUAUCUGUUUGACUCUGUCUUUUUAGAUCCCUCCUUUGAAUAAAUAGCUCAUUUUUUCUUGCGCUCAGAUCUGUUGGAGAGUUGAGGGUUUGUUUACGGCAUCCUCUCAGAAUAAACCUGCUCAUGUGCUAAAUUGUUGCCAUGAACUCCAAACGUUUCUUCCUGAUGUAGGACAUGUUUUUGUGGAUAUUCUUCAUUGCUGCUGCAUGUUUUUUUUUUUUUUUUUUUUUUUUACCUGAUGGACUCUUAUUCCUUCUGUUCUUUAGUUUUCAGGACGUCUAAUGGUCCAAAUCUGUAAACUGUGAUGAGUUAGAGUAGACGAGGAUUUCUGGCACCAGGAAGUGCUGUCAGCUCAAACCCAAACCUAAAGGUUGCAGGUGAACAGAUCCUGGAUCCAAACUGUUGGUUUUUGUUCCCGUCGGACUGAAAAGUAGCAACCGAACCUGCCACGGGUUUGGACCUACAGGGGGCGCUGUUGCUGGCUCUAACGCCUAAUGUGAAUGUGCCUAUCUGUACAUAGUGGAAGUGAGUGUGAGUUGAAUCUGAUGCUGUGUGUGGACUGAUCAGCUGAUACGGUUAUGUUUAAUAAAAAAAAAUCUCCUUUUUUUAA